CACACAACGGGGACCCACCGUUGUGUGUAACUGUUUUUCCCACAUUGAAAUUAACCACAAUCACGUCGCCACCAUAAACCGAUUUUGGAAUCAGGAGGAGGCGAGCCGGCGCCUGGGUAGAUGUGAGCCCAAGGUAAUGGCCAGGCUGGUGGACAUAGGCACACAGACAGAUCCAGUAGUGGUGCUGUCCCUGGCCCAGGCCGCCGUGCUAGGUCUCAUCUCCCAGAAUGAAGUGUUUGGCGCGACCAUUGCACCCAACGGCUUCUACACCGGCGAACCCAAAGAGUCCCCCGCACCACCAGUAGACGGAGUUGACUACGAGUACGCAGACCAGCUUAUCGGAGCUAACGGAGAUUACCUAGGAGACAACUUGGGAGAAGACGGACAGAUGCAACCCAGCUGCAGUCAGAGGAGGUGGCAGCAGGGGCCGCCCCAACAUCCGGAGGGGAAAAUGGUCGGCCCCGAUCGUCACGGCCUUCAAGGCGGUGACGUGUCCUCGUCCCACGUGAAAGGGGAGGUGGUGAACUCUGGGAUGUCCUCCUGUGUCCACAUGCUUAACAAUUUGGCUCCCAGAGGUGGUUUAGUACAAGUGGAUCCAGCCAGCCUCAGAGGCAACAACAAGAACUGUACAGAGUGUGAGCGGGAAGCAGCCAACCAGUCGCAGGCCAACACUCACGUUCACCCUCCUCCCCCCCAGGUGGGCCACAGAGGAGGGGAGCAGGGCCACAGAGGACUGCAGGGCCAGCGCCCCAUGGGGGGCCACGUCCGUGGUGGCAGAGAGGACGAAGAAGAUGUAGAACAUCAGGGGAACAACAUGAUGAAGCCCACGCAGCAGGAGGAAGCCAUCAGCAGCUACUUCCAGACCAGUGAAGUGGGCAGCUAUGAUUCAGGGGAAAUGGGCAUGGCGAGUGAGUAUGAAGACAACAGCCAGAACAUGAUGUGGACGGAUGGGAACACAGGAGCGCAGCACCAGCAGCCUCCGCACCCCCAGCCUCCUCGCCGGCACGGCGGCCGCAGAGUGGACCGGCUAGACAUCAACAUCCAGAUUGAUGAGUCUUACUGCGUGGACGUAGGCGAUGGUCUGAAGCGCUGGAAGUGCCGCAUGUGUGAUAAAUCAUACACCUCCAAGUACAACCUGGUCACACACAUCCUGGGCCACAACGGCAUCAAACCGCACGCCUGUCCACACUGCGGGAAGCUCUUCAAGCAGCCCAGUCACCUUCAAACCCACCUGCUGACCCACCAAGGUACGCGGCCCCACAAGUGCACCGUCUGCAAGAAGGGCUUCACCCAGACGAGCCACCUGAAGCGACACAUGCUCCAACACACCGACGUCAAGCCGUACAGCUGCCGCUUUUGCCGCCGCGGCUUCGCCUACCCCAGCGAGCUGCGAGCGCACGAGGUGAAGCACGAGCGCGGACGAUGUCACGUCUGCUCGCAGUGCGGCAUGGAGUUUCCCACCUACGCCCACCUCAAACGCCACCAGACCAGCCACCAGGGCCCCCACACCUUCCAGUGCACCGAGUGCAACAAGUCAUUCGCCUACCGUAGCCAGCUCCAGAACCACCUCCUGAAGCACCAGAGCCCGAGGCCUUACACCUGCUCCCAGUGUGGCCUGGAGUUCGUGCAGCUCCACCACCUACGUCAGCACUCGCUCACUCAUAAGGGGAUGAAAGGCCACAAGUGUGACGUGUGCUCCCGGGAGUUCACCCUGUCUGCCAACCUGAAGAGGCACAUGCUCAUCCACAACAGCGUCCGGCCCUUCCAGUGUCACGUCUGCUUCAAGAGCUUCAUCCAGAAACAAACCCUCAAGACCCACAUGAUCGUCCACCUGCCCGUGAAGCCGUUCAAAUGCAAGGUAUGUGGCAAGUCUUUCAACAGAAUGUACAACCUGCUGGGCCACAUGCAUCUCCAUGCUGGCAGUAAGCCCUUCAAGUGUCCUUACUGCACCAGUAAGUUCAACCUGAAGGGAAACCUCAGCAGGCAUAUGAAGGUCAAGCACGGCAUGGACGUCUCGCCAGAAGGACAAGAAGUUCUACCAGAAAUGGACAGCCAGGGGGAGUAUGAAGGACAGAACUUCAGCUUUACAUCACCAGACAAUAUGGACAAUGGUGGCUCCCAAAACCUCACUAAACUCACUACAGCAAACAUGGAGGACAUGGAGGAGUAUUACAAUUUCGGGAAGGAUACAAGCAGCUACACUACACCCUGAGUGGUGACGAACCACAAAACAUGUUGUGGGUUUUUUGAAAACAUAAGGAAAUUACAGAGUUGUUGUCAAGGCUUUUGGGAGACACUGGGGGACGAAUUUUUCUUUUCGUUUUGGUCUCCUUCCAGAAGAGCCAGAACUGACGGACUCUGAUGGGAGGCCAGGAAGGAAACGCACUUCAAAGGAGACGUUUCGGCUCUGUCACUGACAGCAGAGACACUGAAACUGUUGGUCUGGAGCUCCUGUUUUUAGGAUUACUACGCUUACCGACUCAAAGACUCUCACUGGCGGACGGUCAAAUCUGUAUGUUGUGUGUAUGUAUCCGUUAUUUGAAGAAAAAAAAGAGAAAAAAGUUGCAGAGCCAUCAGUUACAUUUGAUGUGAUAGAAAUUUGUUUACCAUUUUGCCAUUUUUGUCAUUCACAACCAAUGUAUGCCCUUAUUUUUUGACUGAAAGUGCCAGCUAGAUACAUUUGCAGCUAAGCUUCCACCGUGUCAGCUAUUUACUCACUGUAUAUCCAACUUUUGAUACAUAGUCACAACAUAUUCAUAGGUUUGAAUGCUCUUACUAAACAGUUCCUAAUUGUAGUUACCCAUUCCUGCGCAGCCCUCAGUUUAAAACAGGCCGUGCUUUCAAUGCGUGUGUGCUUUUUUUGCACAGGACAUUGUAGCCUUCUUUUCUCUCGCCAGGGCAUGUGCUACCAAAGUUGCUAAUGUCCCAUGUCGGCUGAAAAACAAUGUUAGCGACAUGUAAAGCCCUGUCACUGUACAAAUGACUGCAGCGUGUUCACCCACCGUUUUUUGUCUCACAUGGUUUAGCUUUACAUUAAUAAUCUAUCCCGUGUAGUAAAUAUCCUGCUCAAAAGUUUUUGAAAUACUGAGUGAACAAUACAAAGCACUUUUUCAUUGAGAGCUGUCCUUUUUUCUGUGAAAGCUGUCUCUUCAGUAAGAGUGAACCUUAUUUGCCUCAAGGGGAAGAGCUGCAGGAGGAAUAAGAUUGUAGAAUCUUGCAAACCCCCAUAACGGCAAUAUUAUUAAACACAAACAGAUAUGCUUUCUCAGUAGGUUUUUU